AGCCCAAACCCACCUGUCCCCUUAUCUUCCUCCUCUCCUCACUUCUUCCUCAAUGGCCGAACCUUCCCCUUCAAAAUCCGGCUCCGAGUCCACCGCCCACCACCUCACCAUCCCUCCCGGACUAACUCAAGAUGAGUUCCGCGAGUUAAUCCCCAGCAUAACUCAGUUCCACACCUACUCCGUUGGCUCCGACAAAUGCUCUUCCUUAUUAGCCCAGCGCAUCAACGCCCCCAGCGACGUCGUUUGGUCCGUCGUCCGCCGUUUCGACAAGCCCCAAACCUACAAACACUUCAUCAAGAGCUGUUCCGUCAAAGACGACUUCCAAAUGGUUGUGGGCUGCACGCGUGACGUGAACGUGAUCUCUGGCUUACCCGCUACCACCAGCACCGAGAGGCUCGAUGUUUUGGACGAUAACUUAAAGGUAACCGGCUUUAGUAUUAUCGGAGGGGAACACCGGUUGAGGAAUUACCGGUCGGUGACGACGGUGCAUGGCUUCGACCGCGACGGGAGGAUCUGGACCGUCGUUUUGGAAUCCUACGUCGUCGAUGUUCCGGAAGGGAAUACGGAGGAAGACACACGGUUGUUUGCCGACACAGUGGUGAAGCUCAACUUGCAGAAGCUGGCGUCCGUCACGGAAGGGCUGGCGGCGCGUGAUGGCGACUGUAAUAAAUAACAGGUGAUUUUACAAAAGAAAAG